AUGGAGGAAAAUCUUCCUCCGGGGUUCAGGUUCCAUCCUACUGAUGAAGAGCUCAUAACUUAUUAUCUUUCCAACAAGGUUUCUGAUUUUGGUUUCACCUCAAAAGCGAUCACUGAUGUUGAUCUCAACAAGUCUGAGCCAUGGGACCUCCCAGCCAAAGCCUCCAUGGGAGAAAAAGAAUGGUAUUUCUUUAGCUUGAGAGACCGAAAAUACCCAACAGGAAUGCGGACCAAUCGAGCUACAGAAGCUGGCUAUUGGAAAACAACAGGAAAGGACAAGGAGAUCUUUCGUGGUGGUGUUUUGGUCGGAAUGAAGAAAACCCUUGUCUUCUACAGAGGUAGAGCUCCCAAGGGUGAGAAAACCAACUGGGUCAUGCAUGAAUAUAGACUAGAAACCAAGCUCGCAUUCAAAACUUCAAAGGAGGAAUGGGUGGUUUGUAGGGUUUUCCAGAAGAGUGCAACAGUGAAGAAACCACAAGCAGCACCAUCCUCACCACAAUCACUAGAAUCUCCUUGUGAUACCAACACAUUUGCAAAUGAAUUAGGAGAUAUCGAGCUUCCAAAUUUUAGUACCUUAGCAGUUAAUUCAGCAAAUGGGAUCUUCAGCAACAUUUCUCCACAAACUUUCUCCACUGACAAUCUCAACAAUGCUAUCAACUGGGCAGCAAUAAGAGAUGCAGCAAAUGCUCUCCCAUCACUCUCUUCUUGGCCUUCUCCUAGCUUACUAAGUACUGCUAAUCUUGCAAUGAGUGCCCCUUUGCUUCUGAGGGCGCUGCAGAUGAGGAAUUAUCAGCCCAGGGAAGCAACAACAGCCAGUACCGAUUACUCAUUUAUGCCACAAGGGAUGAUUUCUAAUCAGUUUGGAAAUGAUUUUAGCUCGCAUCUGGCGGCUUCUUCCUCGUCUAAUAGGGUUUUAGAUCAUCAUUCUGUGCAGCAACAAUCGCAGGAGCAACCAUUUAAUUUGGACUCCAACAUUUGGUGA